AUGGGAGAAUUAGAUGGAGAUACCUUUAAUGCUGUGGAAAUCAUGCAAGCUGUAAAAAUAGAUGAGAUGGCGGGAUCUGAUGAAAUGAAAAUGGCAAGCGCAGCAAAGAUGACGCAUAAGGGUACUUUUGGGCUCGGGUAUGAUCCUAUGUUUGGAGAAACUAGCAGCACCAAGAAGAUCUUUGUGCCGGAGCAAGUUCCUGUCCAGGGUCAGAUGAUUGUGCCGGAGGUCGAUGAAGAUAUCAUAGAAGGAAUAGAGAACCUGUUCGUGACAAUGAUCGAGGAGUAUUGUGGGGAGACUGAAGCAGAUACCGAGACACCGACUAUUCGUGAUGCCAAACCAGGAGAGAUCUUGCAGAAUUGGACAGAAACUCGGAUCAGCAUACAGUUAGAAGCUGAACGGAAGCAAGAAUUGUUGGAAUUGCUUAAGCAGUAUGUUGACGUAUUUGCUUGGUCCUACGACGACAUGCCCGGGCUGAGCACCGACAUCGUCUCUCAUAGGCUGCCAAUUGAUCCCACCCGCCCGCCGAUCAAGCAAAAGCCAAGGAUGUUCAAGCCCGAUUUGAGUUUAACGAUCAAAGAGGAAGUCACUAAGCAGAUUGAAGCAAAUGUCGUAAGGGUUACAAACUACCCUUCCUGGUUGGCCAACAUUGUGCCCGUUCCAAAGAAGGACGGAAAAAUCAGGAUAUGUGUGGACUAUCGGGAUCUCAACAAAUCUGGUCCUAAGGAUGACUUCCCCCUUCCAAACAUCCACAUACUCAUCGAUAACUGUGCAAAGCAUGAGUUGCAAUCAUUUGUCGAUUGCUUUGCAGGAUAUCAUCAGAUUUUGAUGCAUGAGGAUGAUGCAGAAAAGACAGCGUUUACCACUCCAUGGGGAGUGUACUGCUACCAAGUAAUGCCAUUUGGCCUCAAGAAUGCUGGUGCGACCUACAUGAGAGCCAUGACUACUUUGUUCCAUGAUAUGAUUCAUAAGGAGAUUGAAUUCUACGUGGACGAUGUCAUUAUCAAAUCUCGAAGGAGUUCAGAUCAUUUUACUGACCUAAGGAAGUUCUUUGAACAAUUGCAGAGGUACAACUUGAAGUUGAAUCCAGCAAAAUGUGCAUUUGGAGUUCCUGCUGGACAAUUAUUGGGAUUCAUUAUUAGCAGAAAAGGUAUAGAAUCGGAUCCUUCAAAAAUCAAGGCAAUCCAAGACUUGCCUCCCCCGAAGAGCAAGAAAGAUGUAAUGAGUUUCCUUGGAAGGCUCAAUUACAUUAGUCGAUUCAUCGCACAGUCAACGGUGAUUUGUGAACCCAUAUUUAAACUGCUGAAGAAAGAUGCUGCCACAGAGUGGACAGAAGAGUGUCAGAAGGCCUUCGACAGAAUCAAAGAGUACUUGUCUAGUCCACUCGUAUUGGUCCCGCCAGAACCGGGAAAACCUCUAUUGCUGUACUUAUCCAUAUUGGAUGGUGCGUUUGGAUGUGUGUUAGGACAACACGAUGAGACGGGGAAAAAGGAGCAAGCCAUUUACUACCUAAGCAAGAAAUUCACAUCGUACGAGGCAAGGUACACUUUGUUGGAACGCACAUGCUGUGCUUUGACUUGGAUCGCACAAAAGUUGAGGCACUACUUAUCUGCGUACACCACGUACUUGAUCUCAAGGAUGGAUCCACUCAAAUACAUCUUCCAAAAGCCGAUGCCCACCGGGAAAUUAGCGAAAUGGCAGAUCUUGUUAAGUGAGUUUGACAUCGUGUACAUAACUCAGAAGGCCAUCAAGGGACAGGCCUUGGCGGAUCACCUUGCAGAGAACCCUGUAGACAAUGAAUACAAGCCGCUUACAACGUAUUUUCCUGAUGAGGAAGUACUGUUCGCAGGGGAAUAUAUUUCAGAGCCUUAUUCAGGAUGGAGGAUGUUCUUUGACGGAGCGUCAAAUUUCAAAGGAGUUGGAAUAAGAGCAGUUUUGGUUUCCGAGACAGGUCAGCACUACCCUAUCUCGGCAAAGAUUAGAUUUCCCUGCACGAACAAUAUGGAGGAAUACGAAGCUUGCAUCCUCGGGCUUAGGAUGGCAGUUGAUAUGAACAUCAAAGAACUUUUGGUAAUAGGAGAUUCUGACCUAUUAGUUCAUCAGGUACUAGGAGAAUGGACCACCAAGAAUGUCAAAAUUCUUCCAUACUUACAUUGCGUGAAAGAGUUGUGCAAGCAGUUUAGAGAGAUUGACUUCAAGCAUAUCCCUCGAAUCCAAAAUGAGCUUGCUGAUGCCCUUGCGACAUUGUCAUCAAUGAUCCAACAUCCGGACAAGAAUUACAUCGACCCUAUCAAGGUAGAAAUACAUGCCCAACAAGCAUAUUGUUUUCAUGUCGAUGAGGAAUGGAUGGCCAGCCAUGAAUCAAUUAUCACAGAUAAUGCGGCCAAUCUCAACAACAAUCUUAUGAGAGAGACUUGUGAAAAGUUUAGGAUUGCCCACCGAAAUUUCACAGCUUAUCGACCACAGAUGAAUGGAGCAGUCGAGGCAGCAAAUAAGAACAUCAAGAAGAUCUUAAGGAAGAUAACAGACAGUCACAGGCAGUGGCAUGAAAAGUUGCCAUAUGCUUUGUUUGGUUACCGUACCACUGCUAGAACAUCCACAGGAGCAACUCCCUAUAUGCUGGUCUAUGGUUCCGAAGCUGUGAUACCUGUAGAAGUAGAGAUACCUUCUCUAAGGAUUAUCCAAGAUGUUGGUUUGGACAAUGCAGUAUGGAUACGUAGUAGACACGAACAAUUAAUGCUCAUUGAUGAGAAAAUGAUGGACGUUGUCUGUCACGGUCAGCUUUAUCAGAACAGGAUGUCCAAGGCAUUUAACAAGAGAGUAAGGCCUAGGAAAUUCGAACCAGGGCAAUUGGUUUUAAAGCGAAUAUUUCCUCAUCAGAACAAAGCUAAAGGGAAAUUCGCACCAAAUUGGCAAGGUCCAUAUGUGGUUCAUCGUGUGAUUUCAGGAGGAGCAUUGAUUUUGGCAGAAAUGGAUGGUAAAGUGACCACGAAGCCCAUCAACUCAGACUCGAUCAUGAAGUACUACAUCUGA